AUGCCCGUGAAGUUGAGGUCGCCACUGAUGAUUCUGUCCCGGGUGGACAGCGAGACUGUCCUGAUAUCGAGAACGAGGCAGCUGUCGCUGAAUCUGCUGCGGUACCAGUCGACGUACACGUUCCCGGAGAGUGCUGUUCACCCGAAGAGCAAACGCGGUGGGAAAGUGAAGCAGGUUUCGCGGAGGGCCGCGUGCACUUUGCAGUCUGUGCAGACGGCGAAGGCGCAGGCGCAGGCGCAAAUGGAGGUCCCGCUGAGAACGAGGAAAAAGUAUAGGUACCAUCCGCUGCCCUCAGUGCCGUCGACGCAACAUAUAGAGGCCAAUGAUAUGUGCACGGAGUUGCUGUACUCUGGGUACAGACCGUUGUUUCUGGAUUCAACUGCCCUGGAAAGAGGGUUGUUGGCCGCAAAAGAGCAGGCAUCCUUCACUCAAAGUGCGAGCCCCACGGGGAGUACUUUUUACGAGAUAGCUAUGAAGUUGGAGGACCCGGCUUGUAUCUGGGCGAAUUCGGCAACUGGGCUGGAGAAAUACACUGAGUGGGACAAUAUCCCGUACUCUGUCGCGAACAGCCUGAAACCGUUUGUACCACCGUCAAGUGGGGGGCACGCGGCAGUCAAGGCCGCAGCGGGGGGAAGUGCUCGCGCUCUGGAUGUUUUGCUCACUGUGCAGAACCUGUUGUCCAAAAAUAAAACCAGUGAGGGAGGUAAUGCCAGGGGAGGCAGGAAAAAGCCAGUGCUGACAGUUCUUGAUAUGAAGAAGGACUCAGAGGAGUCGUGA